AUGUGCAUUAAUACCUAUCACCACUACACAGGGUGUGGGCAUAUCGAGUCCUUCACCCUGGAUAUGUGCAGGGGUAUGAUCACUGGGCUGCGCAGGACCGGCAGUACUUUCCCCUGCAUCGAUGCUUCAAACACCCACAACCUGUUGCCCGAGAGCAGUACUGCAGUCUGUGAGUGCAGGUUCGAGGCCCCUGAGGAUAUCCCCGUCAUUGCGGAGAGGCCGUAUACCCCUCUAGAAGGGCUGGAAGGACAAGCCCGGAUCAUCGUCGACUCUGUUAGAAUGGUGUUCACGCAGAAGAAGUCUGAUAGCGAGUCUGAUGUUUACAGCGAGGGAACCGAAAGGAAGGAGGUUGAUCCCCAGCCGCAUGGCCCGGUGCCGUUGUCGGUGAUCCAGAGCGUGGCUGGCCACGGAGAUGAAAAUGAGGACAAGGAAAUGUCCGAAUCUUCCCAGGAGGACGACGAUGACCAGCACAGUUCUGAGUAUGCCAGCGAGUCCGAAGCGGAGAUGUGCAGCAGUCAACCCCUAUACCCCGAGAUUCUAGCACUCGACACUCCCUGUCCGGUGCGUCAGGGCUCCAGCUGGCUCGCACCGCCAUCUCCGACCUCGACGGCGUCAGUCAUCACGAAUCCGUAUGACGAGGAGGAGUGCAUCCUGAGCCAUCCCGAGAACAUCGAGCCCCCAGGCCUGGACAAUUGCCGCGUCAUCGAGAUAAUGAGUCCUCGAGACCCUGAUACUCCGAAGGUGCCGGCUCUUCUGACACCCCAUCCCAGGCGCACGCUUUCGAGGGCGAGCAGUUUUUUUGGACCGCAAUCGACCCCCGUCAAUAGCCACCAGAAGGUCAUGACUUUCCUCACACAGCCCGUGGAGCCACUGCUCGAAUCCAAGACACUGAAGCCGUUUCUCCUGAACUCUCACUUUCCGCCAAAAUACGGGACUCAUGGUCCUGCUAAGGGCAUGGUCUGGGACGAGACAGGCUCUCUAGUCAACCCGCACAAACCACCACCGGCGGUAGCAACUCCCGUUUCCCCUAUGCCCCUUCGGUGCGGAGCAUCGCUAUGUCCAAUCCUCCAGUCCCCCAAGGCACGUCAGGAGUUCACCUUCCCCCAAACCCCCCUUCACGUUGACAGCAUCCCAGAAACCCCGCCCUGCGCACCCCCCCGGCCCAAAUUCCACGACCCCAGCAGCUUCUCCAGCCAAUUCUGGGCGGGCAAGGUCUCGGUGUUUCCCAGUUCUCCCCUGCGUCAAAUUAAUAAUACCCCGUUCGUCGGCCUCCCGUCCUUUCCUCAAUACCCCAACAGUAUCAAUGGCAGCUCGACUCAAUAUUGCGCCGCCAAUGACUUCUUCAACCCUCCAAAUACACAGUCUACUGUCAACCCCCAGACCCCCAUGCCUAUUCGCCCCCACCCCCCGAACCCCAAUCCCCUGCCUAUUCGCCCCGACCCCAAGAACCCCAGGAAUCUGAGACCGAUUAACUGGGACGACCCCAGCAGCUUUGCCGAUGAUUACUGGGGCAGCCCGGAGUGGAGACGGGACCCUGCAAACAUUGUCCCGCCUCACCUUCGUCCGUGGUAG